CAGUUGCUUUUGAUCGUUAAUGGUGGCUGUGGUUGUUUCUAGACGUAUUGUUUGGUUAUGUAGUGGAUUAGCGUAUAUAUAUUCUUUGUUUAUGAUGUCGCAGCAGUGCGGCGUGAAGAAACACUACAAAACAACUUUCAACAAGUUAUAUGCAGAAGAGUUUCUGCACAUCAUAUUGUCUCGUAAAGGUGAAAAUUAUGCGUAUUGUGUUGCGUGCCGUUUUGAUUUUUCACUCGCGCAUGCUGGCAGAAACGACGUGUUUAAACACAGCCAAACAAAAAAACAUGUUGCUAGCGUAAAGUGCAUUGAUUCAAAUAAGAAGCUGAAUUUUGUUUCUGAUACGUCUGAGAACCAUAUAAUUCGUGCAGAAUGUUUAUUUACGUCUUUUAUCGUGGAACACAAUUUGCCAAUAACUUGUGCUGAUCACGUGUGCUCGUUGUUCAGGAAAAUGUUCCCGGGCAGUGAAAUUGCAAAAAAAUACAGCUGCGCAAGAACACAAACAUCAGCUAUAAUUGCAGAAAUGGAAGAGGAAACUCAUGCAGCUAAUGUUAAGAUCUUGAAAAGUGAAGUUUUUUCAGUGGCGACGGAUGGAAGCAAUCAGGGUUAUGCAAAGCUGUAUCCUAUCGUGGUUACUUUCUACAACAAAGAGACAUCUGCAAUGGUGACGUACUAUGAUGCGGGUCGACUGGCACAUCAGUUGACAGACAUAGUCACGGCGAUGCAACCUCACUUCAGCUCGCAGCCAGGCACAUACUACAGCGACGCCCUGUUCUUCCUGUCGCUUGGCCUACACCACAUCGCGGCCAACCAGAGCCGGGCGGCCAUGUUUGACGCUGACACCAAGCUACUGGCGGACGUGGCCGAGCUGUUUCGGCACUUUGAUAGUUUCAACAACACAACGUUGUUUGGUGUGGCACCCGAGUUGACUCCAGUGUACCGCCAUGUCCUCUACGUUUAUCGUUCCAAACACAAGAACACAAGGUUUGGAGAGCCGUUCUCCAAAGGGGGUUUUCCUGGAAUCAACAGCGGUGUGAUGCUGCUCCAUCUGGACCACAUGAGAAAUUCACAGAAGUAUAACGAGCUCUUGAAACCAGCUUCUGUAGAUGAGUUGGCUGCUAAGUACCACUUUCAGGGUCAUCUCGGGGAUCAGGACUUCUACACACUGCUGGCCAUGGAGCACCCAGAGAUGAUACACCUGCUGCCGUGCGGCUGGAACCGCCAGCUGUGCACUUGGUGGCGGGACCAUGGCUAUCAGGAGGUCUUCACUGCCUUCUUCCGCUGCGCAGAUACAGUGCGUCUGUAUCAUGGCAACUGCAACACACCCAUGCCAACUAGUUGAUGUGUGUGUCGGUCACUGCCAUCUUCUAUGUUUGUUAUCCUUUGCAAUAUCUUCACUUUGUGUUGGUUUGUUUCCUUAGGUUUUUAUGUAUCGCUACAAUACUGUUUAGUAUGUUUUUAGCAUUACGGUUUAGUUCAAUUUUCUUAAUGCUACACUUAUUUUCAACAAAGAUUUUUUUUAUUUGCCACAUUCUUGAGACAUUUUAAUUUAAUGUAAUUGACUAUAAGUGUAUGUACCGAAAAAUUAUUUAUUUUUUACUAUUUUGGUUAGCAUGCCACUAAAUACAUAUGGUGCUAAUGGAAAAUUUAAGAUUAAUAUGUGUUUACAUAUUAAUUAUUUUAAGUAAAUAAGAUUUUUUAUUUGAUGCGGUUAUAGAGAAAUUUUAAUUUUGAAAGUAAAGAGUACCCAAUAAUAAUUUUUUUUACUAGUUUAGUCAGCAUAGCUACAAAAUUCAUAUGGUGCUAAUGGAAAGUUUAAGUUUUCUACGUGUGUGCAUAUUAAUAACAGGUAAAUAUAUGUAAUAUUUACUGCAGUGGUAUAAAAAUAUAAUAAUUAAGGGUUCUCCUGGAAUAUGGGUUGCAUUAUAUAUUUGUCUAAAGUAGUAUUCUAUGAAUGAAAGUGGAAGUGUAUGUGCACUGCGUCUCAACUUAUUGGGGCAUAAGCAAUAUGACAAUGUGUCACCACAGUUUUUUUGUCUGCUAUAUGUCGUACUUUUUUCUAAAGAAGAGGGCAGCAAUCACCCUUUCCUCUCCAAACUCUUACGCUCUUAUGCCCCCUCCUAUUCCAGCACGUCUACAACAAAACACACAAGAUAUUUGGAAGGGAAAUACAAGAUGCCAGUGUUUACAUUUCACCGUAGCACACUAUAACUAUAAUUUUUUACACCUGUGUUAAAUUUGAAUAAAUUUAAAUGUAUGUAGAUGGAAGUAAUAUUUUCUUAGGUUUUUUUAACCAUUAAAUUAAUUAAAUAUAAAUAUUGAAGCAUCAGUGAUAGACAAAUUAAAUUAAAUCAAUUAUUAAAGAAUUUGGGAAGUUAAUUUUAUAUUGUUUUAAUUAAUAACUUGUAUAGCAGUGUAAACUUGGUAAAUUGACUUUCUUCCUCCACACUUUUUUUAAAUUGGUUUGUACAAUUGUCAAUUAGCCAUUUUUCUUUUCAUCUUUUUUCUGUAGAAAAUGCAGAAAAGUUUUUAUGAAUUCCUCAACUGUAGUAAAAAUUAUGAAAAUUGAAUCACACCAAAAUCAUUUUGAAAACUAUUAUUAAAAUUGGCAAUGAAGUUUAUUGCAAACUGGUGUUGUUAUCUGUAUUUACUGCAAACUGUUUAGUUAAUUAUCUCAGCAGUGCCUGUAAAGCAUCAUGAACUGUGCUGUUAUGCUGCAUCUGCUGGUUACCCAGCUACUGCCUGUAAGUAAUGUCUGCUGCUGUGCUGGCAUUUGGCCAGAGGGGAAAAUCUAAAAAUAAACCAGCCAGAGAUUGAGAAAGAGGGGUGGAUGUAUGAGUGCAUGUGACCAUGCAGCAGUGUUUGUGGUUCUCCCUCCCUCUUUCAUCGUUGUAAAUUUCAGUGAACUGGCACCAUACACAGUUGUCACAUACCUAUCUCAACAGGUUUUUGUGACGAAAUGUGUCCACCCUUUUGGUGAAAGUGUUAGAUUUUUAUUUCCAAAUUAUUGAUGCUAGGUACCCAUAUGCAGGGGCAGCCUUUCUGCUGGCAUAAAAUUAUGGUCAAAUUAUUAAAAAGAUUUGAUUUUUUAAUGUUUUGUCACAAUCUGGUGUUAUUAGUAAUACUAUUCAUACUGGGUGAGCAGUUGUACAAAAGAUUUGUCAUAAAUUCAUUACAGUGUUUUUAUAAAUUUUAAGUAUAGUUCUAUUUUCAUUUGGAUGAUUCGUAUUACAAUGCCAAGACCAUCUAAUUAAAUCGACUGCCUUAAAUGGAGGUGACAUAUUCUCUUUUCAGUUGUCGAUGAAACAAAACUGUUUACAGCUUCGAUACUCCUGCCGUAAAUGUGUUCAAACAUGUUAUCCUUUUGUUUAUGCUACUCCGCCAACAGCCAGGUAGCAAGUGAUGAAAUGUUUAGUUACUUACUGUCCUUAUCUUCAGAUUGUUUGUUUUCCAUAAUCUCAGGUUAUAUGUAACACUUUUUGGAUCCAUAUCAUAACUUUUAGUUGAUUACAACAACGUUUACCUUAAUCCAAUCUUUUUCCGUUCUGUAUUAUUUCCCUGUCCUUUCAGAAUUGACCUGAACAAGUUCUACUGUAUGUAACAACACAUUUAUGUAUUCAAAAUUAGAAUUUAUUCAAAUACAUAUAUUUUCUUUCAGAGUUGAAAUGUUUUAUAUUUGUUUGUGUUUACUAGUGUUUUGUUAGAUAGCACUGCCAUUAUUAAAAAAAAAGUUUGGGUAUCAUAUAUUAGGUGAUUUUUCAGUACAUAGUGUUGGGUUUCAGAGUGAAGUUAACUUUUUUACAAUGCAUAAUAUUCCAUAUUUAUAUGUGUGGAGGUGUUCUUACUCAAAGAUUCGAGAUCUAAAAUGUGCAAUACUAAAAUUUUUAUUAGUUAUUAAGAUGAUCAGAGUUCUGAAAAAAAUUAGUUUAGCAUUUAACUCUUAAUGGUUUAGUGAAUGGUUGUAGAAAUAUUAUUUUUUUAUUUCUCAUGGGAAGAAAAUAACAUUGAGUUAUUAUGAAGCAUUUCCCUAACCAGAAAAAUUUUAUUGUUAGUCAUGUGUAGAAUAUUAGUAAUUUUGUAUAAUCUAUAUCCAAAAUAUAUUUUUUUAAUAAGAUGAAUGAUUAUUUGUACUGUAUUGUAUUUUCCAUAAAUAUACAUAUGUUUUUUGUAUCACUACUUUCUUGUGCCAUAAUAUAUUGUAUGUAAUGAAUGUCAGAACAAUUAUGAAAAUGUUCUUGUAUUAUAAACUGUAAAUAUUAUUGUUUUUAACUAUCAAAUCCUGAAAAUUUUGUUUUGUACCAUUUAUUCAUUUUCAUGUAAAAUGUUACAUAUAUAUGAGGUCUAUUAUUAUCAAUGCAGUAGUAGUAGGACCCAAAAAUUUGUUGUUAACAAUAAUGUAAUAAAAUAUGCAUGUUUAUGAAUGCAUUUUGAGAUUUCUUUUAGAAUAAAUGACAUUGACAGGAUGUCCACCAGAUGGGAAAAUACGGGAAAUGUACGGGGAUUUUUUAUCAUACGGGAAUAUACGGGAAUGUGCGGGAAAUUAAAGUUUCCAUCCGGGAAUUCGAAACGAUAGACGAUACCUCGUUGUGAUAGCCAAGCCCAUGUUCGGAAACGCUCGUUAUGUCUCGGCUCGGUGGAAUGCUAGAUGCUACUGUGCUGUACCAAUAUUGUAGGACGUAAGAGAAUAGUGGCACUUCUAAACCGGUAGCUUUGGGUGGUAAUCUGUACGGGAACAAAUUUUAUGGCAUGUAGUACGAGAAUUGUCGUUUCUUGGUGCGAGAAACAAAAGGCUGUAAAAGUUACCGCAGUUCGUUGGCAAGUGGAUUUGGUGGAUAGGCCGUAGUGUUACUGUUUUACGGACAUUUUUUAAAGAGAACACAAUAUUUCUCUCGGAUCACUGUUUAAAUUGUUUCAGUUGAAAUGUUACUCUUCGUGGGAUAACCUCGGACUCUUUGUUAACAUUCUCUAGACAAAGGUGUUGAUACUACUAAGUGCGCCGUGAGAGAUGGGUUAUGACAGUAUUUUUCCGCAGCGCGGUAAUUAACUAGAAUUACAGAUUUGCAAAAGAGACGUGUAGUCCACAAAAAGUGUGAUUUUCUUUGUUGUGAUUAAUGUAAUAUUUAUUUAUUUUUAUGUGACGCUUCUCGUAUGCUGUGUAAGUGAUGUUCACAUUGUGUUAUGUUCGAUACUUUUGUCUAGUAUUGGUCAUGUAGGCCAAGUUUACUAGUGUCAUUUCAACAUAGACGCCAGUGUCUGUAAUUCCUAUAAAUCAUAAUGCGCUACGUCAUUUGCACUUGAUUCAUCAGUUGUGUCUACAUAUGCAUCCAGUCAAGAUACGUGUAAAAUAAGCAUUGGACAAGAAACGUCAGUUGGUGAGUCAGUGAGCAUACUAAGCAUGCCAGUAAACAAAAAAUCUGAAUUGUCACCAUUUCAAUCACCUGACAUACAACAAUCACAUUUACACACAGUUGAAGGUAGUGGUCUGAAAAGAAUGCUAACUAAAGACGGUGUUACAAAGGCUUAUUGGUGUUUAUCCACGGUGCUAAACCACUCAUCCUUACGCUCAGCAGAAAGAAAUUGCAGCCUCUUUAAGAAAAUGUUCCCAACAUGUGAAAUUGCCAAUAGCAUGCAACUCCACCGGACUAAAAUGGCAUAUUCAAUUGUUUAUGGCCUAGCGCCAUACUUCAAGAAUGAGCUAGAAGGUCUGUUGAAAACAUGUAGUAAGAUUACUUUAGGCUUUGAUGAAUCCCUAAACAAAGUAGCACAGAGCCAGCAGAUGGAUGUAGCUGUACGGUUUUGGGAUUGUAACACCAAUACUGUAUGUACCAGGUACUUGACAUCUGUUUUUUUGAAGCAUUCUACAUCUGAAUGUCUCCUUCAAGGCAUUAAAGAGGCACUGAUAGGCAUACCACUGAAUAAAAUUAUGCAGUUGUCUAUGGAUGGACCGAAUGUUAAUUUGAAACUUCAAAAAUUAUUGAACAGUGAACUCUCGUCCUGUGAGGUUGAUGGACCCAAGUUGCUUGAUAUUGGAUCGUGUGGGUUGCACACGUUGCACAAUGCAUUUAAGGUAGGGCUCAAGGGAACUGAAUGGAAUCUAAAUGAAUUUCUUAGAGCUUUGUAUUAUUUGUUCAAAGAUUCCCCUGCUAGGCUAGGAGAUUACAUUCAGGUUACAGGAAGCUCUGUUUUCCCAUUGAAGUUCUGCAAUGUAAGGUGGCUUGAAAAUGACAUUGUUGUAUCAAAAGCCUUGCAGGUUCUUCCUUGCAUAGAAAAAUAUGUAAAAACAGUUGAAGGCACUCCAAUGGAACCCAAAUGCAAUAGUUUCAAAACUGUUGUUAGUAGUCUCAAAGAUAGGUUAUUAUUGGCCAAACUGACUUUUUUUCAGUCUCUGUCCAAAGAGGUCGAGCCCUUCUUGAGAGAGUUUCAGACGGACAGUCCAAUGGUGCCAUUCUUGUUUGAAACACUGUCUGAUCUUGUACGGAAUAUCAUGACAAGAAUAGUCAGAGCUGAAGUAAUGAGCUCAAAUUUUCUGAAGAUUGACAUUGGAAAAAAGGAAACACUAAUGCUUUCUACAGACAUUGAUGUUGGUUUUGCGACGAGGUCAGCUCUAAAGAAAUGUAAGGGUGCUACUGAAAAAGAUAUUCUUGUCUUCAAAAAUGACUGCAGAACAUUCCUGAAGUUAUUUAUCUAGAAAUGUAUGGAGAGGUCACCAUUAAAGUAUUCUUUUACAGAAUCUGUUUCUUGCCUUAGUCCGCAUAUUUCUGCAUCAGAUAAAGGAAAUACAAGGCUACGACAAACUCUUGAAACCCUUGUUUCAAGGAAUGUAAUGGAAGGCAAUGUAGCAGAUAAAAUACAACGUGAGUAUACUGACUUGUGCUCUAGAGAAAGCGUCAAAUAUCAAAUGAUUCACUACUCAAGAAGUGAUAUACGUUUAGAUAAAUUUUGGAUGGAAGUCCUUGAGCACAAGGUUAGAAUACAGAAAUCUGGAAAACUUUGUUAAACUCAUUCUCAUCAUGUCACAUGGCAACUUAAAUCUAGAAAGGGGUUUUUCAGUUAACAGGGAAUGUUUGGUGGAAAACUUAAAGGAACAGUCACUGGUGGCACAGCGAAUGAUUCAUGAUUCUGUAACUGAAGGGAGGCUUGGACAAUAUUGAAAUAACAAAGUCUGUUGUGUUUGCAAUGAGAAAUGCCAAUGGUAAGUACAAAGAAGCCCUGGAAAAACAGCAACAGGAGAAAGACUCAGAAGAGCAAAAGCAAGAUAAAAGAAAACGAAUGGCUUUGGAAAUAAGAAAACUGGAAAUAAAGAAAAGAAAACUAAUUGAAGAGAAGGAAAAGGCACUUUAAUGAAAUUUCAGCAAAAAUAAAUACAGUAAAACCUCGUAUUUACGUUCUCGUUAUUUACGUUUUCCCGCAAAUAACGUCAUUUUAUGUAGGUCCGUUUUAUUGUACAUUAACUUUCGUGUUGCAUUUUCCCUGAAAUUACACCGCUACGUAACCAAAAAACCCGGAAUGUACGUUUCAAAACACGGUAAAAAUGUAAAUACUCGUCACGUUAGUCAUAGAUGUGAAAAGUUUGAAGUAGUUCGCCUAUUGUCUGUAACCUUUCGUUUUGAUGUAUCGACAAGUUCUAUGGUGCCUCUCCUCUACUAACGUUUUAAUCUUUGCUGCCAUAGAGAACUUUCGUAGCAGAACCACAAACGGUUUUAUUUAUGGUGUCAUAGAGCACUCUCGUAGCAGAGCAUAGUCCGAAGCGCUGAGCUAUCGAUACUACCGGAAAGCGCUCAUACACAGUACGUAUAUUUAGUAGUGCUGCAUUAUGUACAGUACAUAUCUAUGAUGGCUUUCAUUGUUUACAUUAGUCAACGUCCGUUUUGGUUAGUACGUGUUUUUUUUAUCGUUCACAAUAUUAUUUAUGGCAAGAUUUUGAUUGAAGAUGGAUAGGUAUAAAGUUCCACGAAAUACUUUAUCUAUUGAAGAUAAAAUUAAAAUUAUUGAGAAGUUUGACAAGCAUGUGGGUACCCGAGUGGUUUUGGCCAAGGAACUGAAUAUUCCUGUUAGUACUUUAAACACAAUAAUUAAAAAUAGGAUUUCAGAUUUCUUUAAAAGUGUUGAAUUUAUACUAGUAUGUACACCUAUAAAACUGUACUAGAGAAAAUUUAAUGUAGGCUUUAUGUUGCAUUGUUUUUUAUAUUUUAUAUUUAAGAAAAUUAUAUUUUUGCAGUGCCCUAAAUGUGUUGUAAACAACUAUUGUUUGUCUUGUAGCACCAGUAAAUGCUGAUACAUUUUUUUAAGCUAAAAUUUAGCAUUAACUGCCAAUAAAAGUGCUUUCCCACAAUUUACACUUUCCCGCAAUUUACACUUUUUCCUUGGGGUUCCUUGAAAAGUGCAAAUAAGGGGUUUUACUGUAUGUUGAAAAAUUGAAGCAGCAGUUAGAAAUGGAUUUGGAUUAUUAAGUGAUGCAAUGCAGUGUUCUUGUAAAAUAAAUUUAUAGAAUCUGAAUUUGGUUUGCAAUAAUACUUGCUUAAAUUAUGUAUUAUAGGCGUAGGCAUAUUUUAAUUCACUAAACAAAUUUUGAAACACAAAUCCCAAAAUUGGUUUACUGAUUACAAUAAUCAAGAACGUACAUUGGUUAACUUUUAUUGAACAAUUGCUUGUGGCAUAGUUGUAAUUUCCAGAAUGUUGAAUGGCGUGGGUGUCAUUGAGGACAUUGUUUAUAAGUGAUACAUAGUGUACUCAGUAUUAGCAAGGUUUUCAAGAGAAAUACAUAGACACUUGUACUGAAACAGUUUAACUUGCUACUACUCUAAAGGGUAAGUUUGCUCUGCAGUAUUUUUAAAAAUUCCAUUUAUAUACAUUAAAUGGACUAUAUUUUGUAUGUUAUUUUUAUUACGUGUAAUUAAACUGUGAAUCAAGUCUAUGUUCUUCGUGGUUUUAA